CGGGUUGGUGCUAGACCGCCGGCCAGCCCCCGGGUCCCCAUCAGAGCGGUGGUCCAGUCCGUGCGCGCACUCCGGCCCAGCCCUGCCCGCACCUUGUUUCCGAGUCUCAGUGCAGAUCUCUGCUCCUUCUCCGGAUCCCAGCAUGCCUUCAGGGACAUCGCAGUGUGAAGGCGGCUCUGCAGGGUGCCCCCAGCACUUGGAGGGGCACUCAGGGAAAGCGCACCGGGAGAAGGGCCCCUCAGUGGACAAGGAACGCGUAUGGAUUCCACCCGAUACCCCGAGCAGAUGUACCUGGCAGCUGGGGAAGCCCACGGCAGACUCCCCGCAUUACCACGCAGUGCUGACAAAACCUCCAAAAAUCUUGCCCGAUAUUCUGAGGAAGAUUGGGAAUACCCCUAUGGUGAGAAUCAACAAGAUCUCCAAGAAUGCCGGACUCAAAUGCGAGCUACUGGCCAAGUGUGAGUUCUUCAAUGCGGGCGGGAGCGUGAAGGACCGAAUCAGCCUUCGGAUGAUUGAGGACGCUGAGCGAGCCGGAACUCUGAAGCCCGGGGACACGAUCAUUGAGCCGACCUCUGGGAACACAGGGAUCGGGCUGGCUCUGGCAGCUGCUGUGAAGGGCUAUCGCUGCAUUAUCGUGAUGCCAGAGAAGAUGAGUAUGGAGAAGGUGGAUGUGCUGCGGGCUCUGGGAGCAGAGAUAGUGAGGACGCCCACCAAUGCCAGGUUCGAUUCCCCUGAGUCUCACGUGGGAGUGGCCUGGCGACUGAAGAACGAAAUCCCCAACUCUCAUAUUCUGGACCAGUACCGAAAUGCCAGCAACCCCCUGGCGCACUAUGACGACACUGCCGAGGAGAUCCUGCAGCAGUGUGACGGGAAGCUGGACAUGCUGGUGGCUUCAGCAGGCACAGGCGGCACCAUCACAGGCAUCGCCAGGAAGUUGAAGGAGAAGUGCCCUGGCUGUAAGAUCAUCGGUGUAGAUCCUGAAGGGUCCAUCCUCGCGGAGCCCGAGGAGCUGAACCAGACAGAGCAAACGGCCUACGAGGUGGAGGGGAUUGGCUAUGACUUCGUCCCAACAGUCCUGGACAGGACGGUGGUAGAUCAGUGGUUCAAGAGCAACGAUGAGGACUCCUUCGCCUAUGCACGCAUGCUCAUUGCACAGGAAGGGCUGUUGUGUGGUGGAAGUUCAGGCAGCGCCAUGGCCGUGGCUGUGAAGGCUGCCCAGGAGCUGCAGGAAGGACAGCGCUGCGUGGUCAUCCUGCCCGACUCUGUGCGGAACUAUAUGUCCAAGUUCCUGAGCGACAAGUGGAUGCUGCAGAAGGGUUUCAUGAAGGAGGAGCUUGCAGUGAAGAGACCCUGGUGGUGGCAUCUGCCUGUCCAAGAGCUGAGCCUGUCAGCACCCCUGACCGUGCUGCCCACAGUCACCUGCGAGCACACCAUCGCCAUCCUCCGAGAGAAGGGCUUCGACCAGGCACCUGUGGUCAGCGAGUCGGGGGCCAUCCUGGGGAUGGUGACUCUCGGGAACAUGCUGUCAUCUCUGCUCGCUGGGAAGGUGAAGCCAUCUGACGAGGUCUGCAAAGUCCUCUACAAGCAGUUCAAACCGAUCCACCUGACCGACACUCUGGGCAUGCUCUCCCAUAUCCUGGAGAUGGACCACUUUGCCCUGGUGGUCCAUGAGCAGAUCCAAUCACGAGACCAGGCCUGGUCAGGAGUGGUGGGGGGGCCUGCAGACCACAACGAGGACAUGUCCAGCGAGCGACAAAUGGUGUUUGGGGUUGUCACUGCCAUUGACCUGCUAAACUUCGUGGCAGCCCGGGAGCAGAACCAGAAAUAGAGCCUGGAAGUCGGGACUGGCUUCCACCCUCCCUGCUGGGGCUUCUUGGCUCUCAGAGACACCUACCACCAGUUUCCACACCCAAGUCCAGUGGUAGCGUGAACAGGUGGCUGCUGAGACCAGCUGCAGAGGCCCGGCCUCCCCUCCCAACACUCAACUUCCUAACUCCUCUAUGCCGGGGUAGCUUACAUGGGCACUCCUCUGGUGUGACUCCCUUCCGGUGUCAACGAAGAGCUGAGGAGCGUCAGCCAGGAGAGACGGACACAGAGCACAACUGAGGCGAGACUGAGGGUGUCAGAAGGUCUUCUCUCCAGAGAAGGCUCCAGCACAGGAAAGAACAGACCCUGGCCUGACUUUGCACCCACCCUCAAGGGCAGUACUGGCCCCAGCACGGGAGCACAUGGGUUUUAAUGAAGGUGCAUUCCUGUGGCCUGAGACCCGAGGCGGUUAAGUGAUACAGUCUGGCACGAAGUGUUCCCACCUGGGGCCCGGCCCUGUCAAGGGGCAAUUCCUCACCUUCCCCUCCUCCCCUAUGUUCCUGUCUCAAUGGCUCCCUGUUCUGGACACUUCCUAUAAAUGCGAUCACACACCUG